UGGUACUACUGUGAAGCUUCAUAAACACAGAGGGACACAUAAUGCUCAGCUGGCUGGACCGCGGACUACACUCAUAACUUCAUAUCAAUUACAGCCUUCUUUGUUAUUAUGCUGCAUUUUACUUUGUGAAUGUAUUUCAACCACCACAGCCAAACAAUGAGAGGCGUCCUGAAGAGAAAGUUUGCAGAGGUAGACAACAAUCCCUGCUACUCCUCCUCCUCCUCUUCCUCCCCUGCCUCCUCAGAAUGGGAGUCAGACGGGGAGAGCAGCCCAUCUGAAAACAACCAAGAUGUCACACCUCGCUGUCUCUCUUCACCCAGUUUACCCCUUCGGUCCAUCCUGAAGAGGCCCAGGCUUUCAAACUCACACAGCAACGUGCGCUUUGAUCAGGUGACAGUGUUCAGUUUCCCACGCUGUCAGGGCUUCACCAGCGUGCCCAGCCGAGGAGGAGCCACCCUGGGCAUGGUGCGGACACACGGCAGCAUCCAGAGAUACACGGUGUCAGAGCAUGCACUGGAGCAACGGCACAGACACAGAGAGAGGCUCAGAGAAAGACUGAGAGAGGAGAAGUUCGAGGCAAUGAAACACAAAUUGAUCACGAGUGGAGCCAUUGACCAGAGAGAAGCAGAGAGUCUCUCCAUGGAUCAAACCCUGUCUGAAGACUCUGACAUCCACAUCAGUGAUGCUGAGCUGGAGGAGGGAGGAUUCCUACAGCCGUACUCCUCCAGACAGCGACAGGCUCUCCUCCUGGCAGCCGGGGUGAAGCGUAUAGACCGGGAGGAGAAGAGGCAGCUUCACGCCCUGAGAGUCUCCAGAGAGGCCUGCGGAUGUGACUGUCAGGGCUUUUGUGAGCCGGAGACCUGCGCCUGUAGUCUGGCGGGAAUCAAGUGUCAGGUCGACCGCUUAAGCUUCCCAUGUGGCUGCAGUAAAGAUGGCUGUGGAAACACUCGGGGCCGCAUCGAGUUCAACUCCAGACGAGUGCAGACUCAUUACAUUCACACCGCCAUGAGACUCAAACUGGAGAGACGACUGCAGAAUGAAACGCUGAGCCGGGAGGACCAGACAGGACUUCAAGAGGACCUUGAGGAACACGAGGACCAGGAUGAGACCCAUCAGGUGCAGAGUGAACAGGACAAAAGCUGCCCCUUCAGGUUCAGCAUGGAGGAAGACACUCUCACCAUGCCAACAGCUCCUUCUUUUCAUUUCAGCCCAGAGCGCUUUGUGGCCGAGGAGAACAGCUGCAGCAGCGACAUGACUGAAUCCUCUUCAUCCUCCUCUGACUCUGAUGCAGCAGGAGGACUCAACGGGAAUCAAAGUCUCCCCGAAGUUGAUGCAGGGUUGUCCCGUUCCCUGAACAUCUAUGACUCUGAGAAUAAUAACUUCUCUACAUGUAGCCAAUUGAGGCACAUAGGAGAAGCACUGACACAGCACAGCAGAAACCCUGACACACAAACAGACAGUACGGGACCACACACAGAUAACACAUUCACAGAUAACAAAAGCAGGACUUCACUGACAGAUUGUCUUGAUGAGAACGCAAACCAAGCAAGAGACUUCUUUGACGACAACUCUCUAGAGGGCUUCCCCCACACUCCCUCCCCCACCAUGGAUUAUUCCUCAGGCAUGUACAUGGACCUGAGUCUCUCCUCCGACUCCGACCUAGAGUUUUUCGACUGCGACUACACAUCUGGACCUAUCCACAGCUCUUUCAAAGCACACAGACACACAGACAGCUUUUACCACCUCCAGCUGAACAGCUCAGUGAAUCUGCCACAGUACGAGUCGAGCACCUACCUCCUGGAGUCUCUGAUCGGCCUGACUGAGCCGAGCCCAGAGCAGGUCGUCGGUCCUCAGCUGUCAUAGCUGCUGUGAGGCAUUCUGAUGACAAAGAAACUGUGUAAAUGAUGUUUAUGUACGAAGCACUGUAUGUAUUUGUAAGAAUAUUUCAAUGUACAAAGAAUGAUUGAUGAAAUAUUUUUUAAAGCUGGAUAUUUUUUCUAUUGCCUGAAAAUCAUUUUGCCUUUAUUAUAUAGAAAUCACACUGAUAAUAUAUGUCUUGUUCUAUAUCCCUGGACCUUUAUAAUGCUCUCUGAAAUGGUAUUUCAUUUCUUAUACCUUGGCCACAGUAAAUGAAUUAGACAAAGGGCACACUUUUUUAAAAGAAGUGUCUCUUUAUUGGGCAUUGAAUAUUAAUCGCACAGUUUUAAGUCUGCAAAGAGGUCAAAUUCUAGAAAGUCUUGUCCAAGAUAUCAACAAUAAAUACCCAUGUUCUCCUGGCUGCUGGCCAAGGUGUAAGAGGGAUUAAUCCACUUUAACUGCUUGGCUAAUUUUGAAUUUUUCAACAAUGUGUUUAUAAGAGCUCUGUACUGGAGUUAUACAAUAAAGCCUUAUUAUUUAU